AGGCAUUUAGGGAAGAACUUCUGUGUGUCUCUAUCUGCCUUUCAAGUGAUUAUGAAAUACAUAAAAAGUAAAAGAAAUUUCUAGUUGCCUUUAAAAGACACCUGGAUUUCUGGAAAUUAAAAGACCUUUAUUGAGUAAUCCUCCCAACACAUUGCUCACCAAAAAUAUACCUGAAUGCGUGUGUGCUUUCUGUAGUUGUCUAAAUGGCUUCAUGAACACUGGUGACAUGUUGGCAGGAAGCCAGCGGCCGGAGCAGAGGACACGUCGUGGUGUGUGCUGGGCAGUGGUUCCGCGAGUUGAGUCCCAGGCCACCUUCCUGCACAGCAUGGCCGGCACUGUGCUAGGAGUGGGUGCAGGGGUGUUCAUCCUGGCCCUGCUCUGGGUGUUGGUGCUGCUGCUGUGUGUGCUGUUAUCCAGAGCCUCAGGGGUCGCUAGGUUCUCUGUCGUUUUUGUGUUCCUCGGUGCCCUGAUCAUCACGGCAGUCCUGUUGCUGUUCCCCCGAGCCAGUGAAUUUCCAGCCCCGCAGGUGGAGAUUAAGAGUGGUGAAGGCAGCUGUCCAUCUGGAUUGAUGCAGAUGUGACUAUUGGAAGAAGCAUUCAGAGCAAACGCUGUUUCGAAAUCAGUCCAGCUCUUCUCUGUCAUAUGAACGUCAGACCCAGAAGUAGGAGAAUUGGGUUUGAGCAAAAUAUGUUCGUCAGCAUGGCCGGCAGAAACAGAGUUCUCAUCUUCAGGCUUCGAGGCCUGACUCCUGCAGCAGCCUGGCUCAAUACUGUAUCAAUAAUACAUGGCCUGGGCCUUCUGCAUCCAGAGCCUGCUAAUUGGCUAAUUAAAAAGUGAAACAUGUCGAACAAGCAAACGUGUAGCCCGCCAGAGACUUUUUCUGUACGGGGGCCAAGGUCAAAAUUAUGUUAACGCUGUUUAAUCUAACUGACCUUUGCUGGAAGUUGACUGUAGGGGGAAGCUCUGGAGCAGCUGGGGUGGCUGGGGUGCUUUUCUUCUUGGUGGCUUUGGUUCUGAGUGAUCACAGCUUUGCUCUGACAGUAGCUCUCCUGUAUUAGUUCUCUGUGGUUGCCGUAACAAGUUACUGCAAGCUUAGUGGCUCACAGCACAGAGAUGUCUUACCACUCAGUAGAAAUCCAAAGUGGACCUCAGAGGGCUAACUCAAGGGGUGGACAGGGCUGCAUUUCUGUCUGGAGCCUCCCAGGAAGAAUCUACGUCCUCACUGUUUUCAGCUUCUGAAACAGUGCUCCUGCUCCUUGAAGUACGACUCCACUCGUCUUCAGAGUCAGCAGUGUAACACCUGUCUGGCCUGCUUCGUCCUUCAUCUCUCUCCUUCUCUUCUGCUUCCCUCUUCGACUUGCAUGUAAAUAGAUAACUUGUUUAUUUGAGAGGCAGAAAUGUUUAAGUACGCCUGUGACUAGAUUGCAACUCAUCUGGGUUGAGAGAUCCAGACCCAUCUCCCUACUUUUACUUCAGCUGAUUAGUAACCUUGGUCCUGUCAUCUAAUCUGACACAUUGACAGUGUCAGAGGAUUAGGAUAUGGACCCCUUUUGGCCGUUAUUCUGUCUCCCACACUCACCUUCCAGGUGUUUUGGGUUCUUUUCUAGGUAAUGGUUUUCAGAGGGUCUGUGAAGUCACUUGGUCACUUGCCUUGUGUUGCUGUCCCGUUAGAUCUGUAGAUCAAGUGGCUUUCUGCUACAGUGUAAGCACCAGCAUUUGGAUCUAGGGAGAAUGGAACUCUGGUAGGGACAAUAGACAAGUGGAUAGAACCAACAACAGUCUUAGGUUAUUGCAGCUAAGACCAACAACUUUCAUCCAUUGGAUGUAGCAGAUUGCUGGGCCCCCAACUGUGAUUUGGGGCAAGCUGCUUUUCUUAGUGCUCUAGUAUCUCAGAUAAGUGGCUGUUUCCCAGUCCCUCGGUACUCUAGGUAAUGAGUGUUGAGGUUUGUGACUCUUCCCCCUUGAGAUCCUUAAAGAGACCCCUUUUCAUGUUUAAAAUGGUUAUCACUGAAAUGCCAUUGGGUCACUGGUUUUUAGGGUUGAAUCAUAGAUACGUGCAGGUAUUAUGCUAUUUGUAUGUUAAAAAUUAUUUAUAAUAAAGUGCUAAUCAACAGCAAAAAUGAGUCUUUCUUCUACCAGGCAAGCUUCUCCUUAACUCUUUCAGAUUACUGGUUUCAGAACACAGACAAACUCAUUUGGGGAUUUUGAAGUGGUUGUGAGUCUCCUAAAUUGAACCAUUUGUUUCCUGUACCUCAUUAAUCCUUUUCUUUACCCAGUGUCUUCUACCGAGGGAGUUGAGAAAAAUAUUGGUUCUCAUGCAUUUAGAGAGAAGACUCCAAGCAGGGUGGUACUGGAAGUCACAGAUAUGAACAGAUUCUUGGUCCAGAGCCAGGGUGCUGAAGGGAUGGUAAUUUCACUGUAAUGUU